GCCGUUCGACGACCGUUUUUUCCCCCGCGGCGGUGUCCGUCGGUUGAACCUCCGCGGCGCGAGUUUCGUUUCGGUCCGGUUAUAUUUUCGCAUUCGUUUCCUUGGCGAACGGGUGUUUCGAUUUAACACGUUUGCGGUUGCACCGGAUAGAUAGAAAUGUCCACACGCCUUACCGAUGGUUAAAAUGUUAUUAUGCGAUCGUGUGCGGAUCGUGAAACGAAGAGAAUUCGGUUUAGUGCGUGCGAUUGGUCCGACGACGGAAGGAUAGUCAGACGGUCGACGUCUUCGUAUUGCAUCCGACAUUACUGAAAUUCAAGACGUACUAUUUGAAAAAUGAACUUCAAAUAUACAUCGUAGCAGUCCAAUGUCUUGUACAUUCACUAAGUGUGUACCGAAUAACUUGAAUUAGGGCCAGUGCGGUGGCGGCGGCGGGAGAAUGAUGAUAAACGACACGGCGGUGUUGAUGAUGAUGACGACGGUGAUGGACGGCGGUGGGGCAUCGGCCGCGACGACGACGACGGCGGACGUUUGCGCGGCGCCAGUGAACGGGACGCUGGCGGGCAGCAGCAGCACGGCCGUCGCGCUGGUGACGGUGAUCGCUGUGGCUACGGUGCUGAUCGUGGCCACGGUUUUUGGCAACAUACUGGUGAUCAUGAGCGUAGUGCAGUAUCCGCCGCUGCGGUCCGUGCCGAACAUAUUCAUCGUGUCGCUGGCCGUGGCCGACCUGAUGGUGGCCAUCGGCGUGCUGCCGCUAAACGUGGUGUACAACGUGACGGGCGUGUGGCUGUUCGGCGGCGUGGUGUGCAAGCUGUGGCUGACGUGCGACGUGCUGUGCUGCACCGCGUCCAUACUGAACCUGUGCGCGAUCGCGCUCGACCGUUACCGGGCCAUCACGCAGCCGAUCGCGUACGCGCAGAAACGAACGGUGUCCCGGGUCAUGUGGACGGUGGCGUUGGUGUGGAUCGCCAGCGCGGUGAUCAGCUCGCCGCCGCUGAUCGGCUGGAACGACUGGCCGGACGUGUUCGACGAGCGCACGCCGUGCGCGCUCACCACGCACCCGGGCUACGUGGUGUACUCGUCCAUGGGCUCGUUCUACAUACCGCUGAUGGUGAUGAGCAUCACGUACCUGCGGAUAUACAUAGCCACGCGGCGGCGGUUGCGGCGCCGGGCCAAGCAGGUGGCCAUGUCGCACGGUGGUGGUGGCCAAGCGCAGCUGUCGCACGACGCUUCCAAACGGACGGCGGCCGGCGGCAAAAAGAAGGUGGCCGCGGCCGAGGCGACGGGUGACUCGGCCAGCAGCAGCGACGAGGUGGACGCGGCCACCAGCACGGGUGGUGGCGGCGGCGGGACGGCCGCGGCGCAUCAUCAGCAGCAGCAGCACCAGGGCGGCAGCAAGCACCGGGGGACGCCGCCACGAGCGAGAGCCGCCACGUCCGUCGGCAAGCACGUCAACCAGCUGCUGGAGCACAAGCAGCGCAUAUCGCUGUCCAAAGAGCGGAAGGCGGCCAAGACGCUGGGCGUCAUCAUGGGCGUGUUCGUCGUCAGCUGGCUGCCGUUCUUCGUCAUCUACCUGUUUUUCCCGUUCUGCAAGUCGUGCUGCCCGCCGUCCAAGGUGCUCGUCAACGUGGUCACGUGGCUCGGAUACCUUAACUCCACCGUCAACCCGAUCAUCUACACCCGGUGCAACAUGGACUUCCGGCGCUCGUUCAAGAAGAUCCUGCACAUGGACAACAGUAACCAGCAGCACCGCUGAUGUUCGGCCACGGCGACGGCCAACGCGGUAAGCUGCGGCCGUGCCACCGAUUCGGUCAUCGUCUGAUCGACCGCGUGUGUUCUCGUGGCCACUCGACUUAACGUGGACGGCUACGCUUUCUUUCGAAUGUUCGCGCGACCGUCGUCCGUACAAUAAUACUUCCGGGGGAUGAUGUACUCGUGUUGGCGGAAAAAAAAUACCAAAGACACGGCUGUAUACCAAUAUUAUCUGAUAUAUUUGGUUUUUUUUCAUAAUAUAUUAUUAUAUAAAUGUAAACGUAUAAAACAUUCAAUUCCAAAGAAUAAUAAUAACAUAAGGAGCGCUUAUAUCAGAAGGGAAUAAUACCAGUCGAGUGCCCAGAAGGAAGUUCGUAUAGAUGUUUUUUGUUAACGCUUUUCAAUUCGGUUCGAUAAUUGUAUCGUUCUCAAUCUGUUUUUAACCAAAAAUAUAUACUUAGCAAGUAAACGACGAUCGGUAGAAGAGAAAAAAAUCGUAUUACGUUUACAUCAAAUUUUAUUUCACGUUGAAAAUAAAAUGAAAUACUUAAUGUUAUAAUAUAGUAACGAAUAUGGUUGUUAUGUUUCGCAUAAUCUUAUCAAUUGCACGUGGAAUUUAAGUCGACACGUAGAACAUUUAUUUUUUCAGGGGUUGUCGAAAGUUUGGGAUAAAAAUAUAUCCAAACGAAUUCGAUUCCUACAGAAUUUCAUACGUUAUUCAAUACGUUUUUCAACAAUGUAUUCGCUGUACAAUAUCCACCAUGAAUAAUAAUUCAUUAUCACGCCUAAGUUCACGAAAACCGCUACGAAGACAUUUUUUAUUAAUAAUUUUUUAUUAAUAAAAAAAAUACAAAAUAAUACUAAUUCAAUAAGUUACU